AAAAGGAAGAAGUUGCUGAUGACAACAACAUAGGCUACGGACGGAGCUGUCAACUGUCAAAGACCUUGGUCGUAUCACCAUGGAUAGCAUAGCCCUUUUAGAGGAAUUCGAGCAGCAGUUUGCCACGGUCACCGCAGAAAUCACCGCGAAGACAUGCCUGUUAACUUCGAGAGAAGGAGCUGACAAAAGAUCGCUUAUUGAAGAUGUGGAGAAACUUAAAGAAGAAGCCAAAGAACUGCUAGAAAGAAUGGAUUUAGAAGUGCGGGACAUGCAACCUCAGAAAAGAGAAAAAUAUUCCUCUCGUAUAAAAAGCUACCAUGUUGAAUUGCAGCGACUGGAAGCAGAAUACAAUCGCUCCAAGUCCCGUGUUAGUGAAGACAGUAUAAGAGCUGAACUAAUGGAAGGUGGUUUGGCUGGCCUUAGUACUGGAGAAGAACAACGGCAAUCUCUUUUGGACAACACAGUGACUCUUGAACGUACAUCAGGCCGCCUUACACACGGACAGAAAGUAGCUCUGGAGACAGAACAAAUAGGGGCACAAAUACUGAAUGAUUUAAAUAGUCAAAGACAAACAAUCAACAGAGCCAGAGAAAGAUUGCGAGAAACUGACACUGAUCUUGACCAGAGUUCACGCAUCUUGAACACAAUGCUUAGAAGAGUUCUACAAAAUAGGUUUAUAGUUUAUGCUGUUGUUGUUAUCGUUGCCAUUGUUAUAGUUAUAGCCAUAUAUGUUUCUAUGACAAGGAAUUAAUUUUGUAUAUAAAAGUAUUUUAUUGAAAUUACAGUGAUGUACAGUACAUAAUUAAAUAUGAUGGAUGUGUAGUGGCCCAUAGAUUUGCUUUUGUACGUGUAGCAUGAUUUUAUCCUGCUCAUUACCAUGCUGCUUUUGCUACAAUUUUUCAGGUCUUGACCUCUUUUUGAAUGCAUUCUUUGGUAUAAAUGUUUUAAAUUGUUAUUUGCAAGAUCCAUCUAAAGAAAAUGCUACGUACCAGAAGUGGAUCUUGAAUGUUAUAGUAUACUUUAUAGUACAGGUAGUCCCUGGGUUACACUGGGUUCAGGUUAUGUCUUUCCGGACUUAGGGCGCUGAUUGUUCACCCUUGUCAGUGGAUUUAUGCUGCCGUUACCAGCUUUACAGCACUGUAACCCGGAUUUACAGUGCCAUAUGGUGGUGUAAAUGCUGUUUAUUCCCAUUAUAAUUAUGAUGUUUUGGGUUACAGCGAUUUUUGGCUUAUAGCACACUGCCAGGGAUGGAACCUCUGCUGUAAACCGGGGACUCCCAACAGUUUCUAGCGCACUGCCAGGGAUAGAACCUUUGCUGUAAACCGGGACUGCCAACAGUUUCUCCUGUCCUUCUUUUUUCUUUGUCAAUUGGCACACACAUACACAAACAUAUAGUCAAACUUUGGUGUGAGGUUAUAUACUUAUAUAUGUAUUUAUAAUAUAACUUAUUAAUAUACUUGAAUGUUACAUAAAUCUUGAGUUUCAGAUUUUGUAGUAAAGUCUUGCUUAGUCAUAUAAAUUAUAGUUUAUGUAAAGUUAUUUUAGGCAAUUUUCAAUGAUUUCUCCUCCCUAGUACCACAUUGGAAUUAUUCCACACCAUUUACUUUUCAUUAAAAUAGCCUUAGUUUUUAUUAAGCCAGGUGCUCUGUAUUGUUUAUUUUUCUAUACUAAUCGCUGCAUAGUGCGUAUUAACAUCAGGUUGGUAAUCUUUCACUUUUAAACUUUCAGAUUAAAAAUAUGCAUUUCAAACUUCUGAAAUCAAUGCAGAUAUGCUGUUAUGUUCAGUUUAUAGUGCCAGGUAACUGAAGACCCAAUAUUUAUAUUGGAUAAAGCAAGGGUCCACUUGUAUAACUUUUAUUUGGCAUAGUUUUGAAACUUGAAGGAUGGUUAUAUUUGUUAGAUACUUUGUUAUUGAUUAUUAUUGUUUUCAUUGCAUAAAGUCUGAUGUUCAGAAUUCCCAAGGUUUCUGUUCUUCGUGAAUUUAAUUCUGAAAUACUACUGUACUAUUGCCUCCACGUGAGAUACAAACUUUCAUGGAAGUUGAGGACUCAGGUCUAACGUCAUCGUGUAUGUAUAGGUUUGUCAUUUUAUCAUCUCUCUUCUUCCAUGAAAGUGCAAGCUAUUUUGAUACAUUAUCAACUGCAAAUUAUCCAUUUGCUUAUGCUUCCUACAUAACAGUAUUAGCUUUAAGUCUGAUUCCUAGUUGUCAUAUCCCAUCCAAUGUGUAUAAAGGAUAUUUUUAUAAUACAGUACUAUUAAUAAAAGUAAUUGAGAAACAAAACCACAGUUAUGUAUAUGUACAUAUACAUAUAUCUAAAGAUAAAUCUGUACAGAUUGCUUUUGGGAACCUGUACAUAUUUAUCUUUAAAUAUAUAUACAUAGGUAACUGUGGAAUUGUCUCUCCAUUUUAAGACUCAUGCUACUAUGAGUAUUUUUUAAAUAAAAGUAAUGUCAUCAAGCUUAUAUAUUCUACUAUUAAUGUACAAAAUAUAUUAUCAGUAGUUUCUAGAGGAAGAAGUAAUCUUUUUUGAGGUCCACUGGUCUGUGUUGAAAAAAAUGAUGUCAGUAUAUGUAUUCAUAUCAGAUGUGACAAAUAAUUUUGAUCUGCAACAUUAAUUUUCAUGGCUGGAUUUUAUUACAAAAUUUUCCCUCCCACAGUAGUGCUUGUAUUAAUAGUCGAGCGAGUGUAAUCACACCUUUUUUUCUUCUACUGUACUUUAUAGGCUUAUUAAUGAUGUCAAAGGAGAACAUUCACCUUAGUUGUUGUCUUACUUAUAAUGGUCAUCCGAGAAUACUGCUUUGAUUUCUUUUCUGGCUUUGUAACCAUUUCAGGUGCUGGAAGUAGAUAUUUAUUUUCAUCAUCAAAGUGUGUUCAUCUGUUUUCGUGAUUUUCAUGGAAAUUAGAAAUGCUCUGUGAGUCAAAAUUUUUAAGUUAUUGGUCUGAUUAAGUGAAUUUUUAACUCAUAACUCUUGAGCAUUUUUUUUCUGUAGUUUUUUUUAUUUUUAUAUAAUUUUAGCUUCCUUGAAUUUCAUAAAAUGCAUUGUAGUACGUAUUUAUUUACUUUCAGAAAUAAUUUUUUUUUUUUUUAAACUUGGUAAGGACUUGAAAAAGGUUUUGAGUGCUCUUAGGUCUUGGAGGAAGGUGACGGGGGACAGCAAGCUGCAUCACAUAAGAAUUCUAAUGAGUGACAUGGUUUAAUGAGGUGAAAUUCUGUUAGGCUUUGCUCCUAGUGGCUGUGCUGGGUCUGAUCUCAACGGACUGAUGAUUCUUUAAGGCCGCUUGUGUAUCCAUGUGCAAACCCUAGGGCAGUAUAAGAUGGGUUCAUCCAUUUUCUAAUUGUAGCUCAGCAGUACAACUAACUAGUUCGUGUCAUUGGCUAGAAAAUGUUUUUCAGUUACAGGUUCAAAGAAUUGUAAGGCUAGAGGGUUAUGUGGAUACACUUAACAUUCUAUAAGAGUAGGAAGUGCCAAGACUCGCACGGAUAAGUGCGCGAUUGGCUAGGAUGAUCUGCUCGAGAGACCAAGAGCUAGGGAUUUGUCAGAAGAAUCUGGUAAAGGCCUUGCUGCCAUUAUGGUGCAGAUAAAAUAGCAUUUAAUUUCAGUUUUCUCUAAAUAAUAACUACCAACCCGAGAAGAGUCUACUUGAGACUCAGAGGUCUGGAAAAACUAACCCCUAUUAAUAAUAAUAAUAAUAAUAAUUCUCUAAAUAAUGAUUUUGGUUGUUAAUGCAAUUUCAACUUCAAUUUGCUCAAAACAAGGAUUUUAUUGUUAAUGCAUUCUGGCUUUGUACUGCAGCCUUGGUUGCAAGAGGUUGAAGGAGCAUUGGUACACUUUGUGCCCCCCCCCCCCCCCCCCUCCCCUUCCCUUUUUUUCUUUACCUUCCCCAUCUCUAGAUUAGCAAAAGCACAGAGAGAAGGCUGGGAAGGUAGCAGUCUGCAAGAAGGUUGACCUGUCUGUAAAUGGAUGUUGCUUUUCUUUGGAGUGACAGUGAUCCCUGUAGCUGGUCAUGGAAACAGCUGAUCAUGGGUCCAGUAGGUGGAUCAAGUCACUAAUUUGCUUGCUUCCAAAACUGGUGCAUAAACCUCCUAGUGCACAUUUGCAUGAUUUUUUUUAUAGGGAUGGUAGGACCAACCCUAACUCAUCCCAUGCACAUGCCUUUCUGGAAGUGUGAAAGGAAGAGUCUGCGCUUCCCCAAACUAUCCACCAUCCAGAUUCCUUGAAGAUGACUUAGACUUAGUAUGCCCAGACACAAGCUCACAACUGGUCUCCAGGCCAUCACAAACAUGAUCACAGUCUGCCAAGCAGGUGCAGGUUGGGCUAAUGUAUCUUUUCCCUCUGCUUUAGUCGGGGGUCCUUCUUGACCCAUGGCAGCUUCCAUGAGGCCUCAAGUUCCCAUGCCAGUGGAACUGCUACAGGCAAAGAUGGAGAGCCACUUUUACUUACUUGACACCAUUACCUUGGUACCAAGCUUCAGUGACUGGACCAUAUAAGACUAAAGGUUUGUAAGUCUCAAACAAAUGUAAAUUAUCUUGAAAUUACAGCAUUCCCCUUAGGAUUUCUUCCUUGUAGGGUCAAGGACUACUUAUGGCUUCGUUUCUGUUAAAACCAGGAUAUGCCUUACUCUUGAGAGCUUUCCCUUUACUAAUUUGCUUUUCUUGCACCACAUUUUGAUCAGAAAUGCAUUUCUUCUAUUUCUUGGUCUGAAGUAUCUUCUGAAUUCUGUAAGCCUUUCAAAAGUUUAUUACAUUGUAGACCUUAUAUUUAUUGUUAUUGUAAUAUGAAAAAUCUGUGAAACUGUUUGUAUAUACGUACAUACUGUAUUUUCUAUUGAUCUGUGACUAACUUUUAUGCUGCUGCAGAAAAACAAUUUCUUAUAA